AUACAUUUACCGUCGAUCAACUCUAACCUAUGCAGACUAUUUUGGUAAUUAUUGACUUCUCAUUUUAAAAAAGGAUAUAAUCAAAUUCAUUGACUGUGAUUACGUGCUUCUCGGGUCCACAAACACAUAUAUUCUCAAUGUCUCCUCAUCCUCGAGUACUAAACGACAAUAAUCGACGAUGUCUCGUUUGUGGUGAUGACAAAGCUAGUCGACAUUAUGGAACAGUGGCAUGUAAUGGAUGUAAAGGUUUCUUCAGAAGAAGCGUCUGGGAAAAGCGAACAUAUUUCUGUAUUGCCAAUGAAGACUGCGAAGUUUUGCAACAAUUCAGGAAUCGAUGCAGAGCUUGUCGUUUUAACAAAUGCGUUAUGGUCGGCAUGGACGCCAGAGCUGUCCAAUCUGAAAGAGAAAUCCGUCCAAACGAAACUGCAAAAAAACCAAAAGGAUCAUUAAAAGGAAAACGUUCAAGUCUACAAACAUCGAAUUCUGUUACGAGCUCCCAACCAAGUUCUAGUUCAACACCCGACGUUGAUCACCCGCCAAUUGUUAAACAUCUAUUCAAUAUUCAAAGACGAGUAGAGACCACAUUUUGCCCCGAAUUUGAUGACUUGGUGGCCCGAUUUGGAUCAAUGUGUAAUGUCCGAAUCUCAUUGCAAUCUGCACUUGAAAACCCGGAAAAAGUGGCAACGAGGACAAAGCUUGAAUGGGGAAAUACGAGUCGUUUGGCAGACAUUCACGAUUUGAAAGUGACUUGGUGUCGAACAUUUGUUUGGUUUCACGAUUACUUGAGCUCAUUUGAAGAGUUGGAGAGACUGAAUUACUUGGACAGGGAGCAACUAUUCAAGCUUCGAUUUGCCCCAGUAUCUUGGAAUCUGUAUGCAUGGCAUUCAUAUCAGAAUAAUAUCGAUGGAGUUACAUUUACAAAUGAUGCUUGGUAUCCACUUGAUAAAGAAAAGCAAGCAUUCAUGGAUAAACCGUGCAACGAUUAUUACUCAAAAAUUGCGGAUACUAUGAUCCAUGGCCUAGUUUAUAGAAUGAAAGGGAUCAAUAUGACAGAAGAAGAAUUUUCAUGUAUGCUCGCUAUUACACUAUUUAGACCAGAUUAUCGUCUCUCUAGUGACGCCAAUAAACUUCUCCAGUUAACUGGAGAUGUUUUCACAAAAGCUCUGUCCGAGUAUGUUUUGAGCAGAGAAACAUCAGAAUUGAAGGCAAUGGAACGGAUGGCAACUCUCAUGAUUAUGCUUACUUCUGUACAGAGCCUCGCUCGUCAAGAGGAUGACAACGUCACAUUUCUCGCCAUUUUCGAUAUGGCUGACUUGGUUGGUCUGCCAUAUGAAGUACAUUCAGCUCUGCGGCAAGACGAUUUUUCUUAGAAAAUAGUUUGUUUUUGAUAUGAAAACUAUUAGGAAUCUCACUUUGCGAUCUCAUUUCUUUUCUCUCUGUGAUAUAUUCCCUACCUCUGUAACUAUCUCCCUCCCAUGUGAAAUUCGGUGUCUAAUUCCCCUCAAACAGUGUAAAUUUCCAAGAACAUCAAUGUUAAUAAUAGAUUUCUUUACAUUUG